AUGAGGACUGACGGGCCUUCACGGCGGGCGGGCCGCAUGCAGCUGCUCGAGGGCCAAAAGAUGCACGCGCUCAAGGACAAGGGCGUCCUCAGCACCGCCGUGGACGACGACGGGAUUGUGCACCUGGAGUGGAAGCGGCGCGGGAAGCCCGGGGACGCGUCGGGCGGCGCCGAGGAGCUGUCUGCGGCGAUCGCGCCCGGGGAGGCGCACGCGGACUGGGUCGGGAAGCCGGAGUCGCGCGUGCUCGCGGUGCGGUUCCCGGACGACCAGAAGCGAGACCUGUUCUUUUGGAUGCAAGAGAAGAAGGCGGAGGAAGACCAGGAGUUCCUGAGGCAGCUCAAUGUGGUCCUGCGCGGCGACGCAGUCGACAGCCCGGUGCAAGCCAGCGGCGCCGCGGGCGGCUCGCAGCAGCAGCGUGCGGCGUCGGAGGCGGCCGGGGUGGCCCUGGCGCGCGGGCUCGCGGAGGCGAUGCAGAACGCGAUGCGGCAGCGCAGCGGCGGCGCGCAGCCGCAGCGGCGCGCGCCCACGCCGGCGCACGCCCCCGUGCUGCCGGACGGAAGCCUUGGGCUCGCCCAGGCGCUCCGCAACGUCGUCCGCAAGCACCAGGCGCAGCAGCGCUCCCAGCGCGGGCCCUCGCUCUCCGAGCUCCUCCCAACGAGCCUCCUCCAGGCCAGCUUCGAGGACGACAGCAUCCGCGACCGCCUCACGCCGUUCCUCCCCGAGGAGCACCGCAGCCGCUCCCCCGCGCGGCAGCUGCGCGAGCUCGCCACCAGUCCCUACUUCCGGCAGCAGCUCAACAGCCUGAGCGCGGCGAUGCACUCCGGCAUGAUCGAUCCCGCGGCGGGGCAAUAA